UGCGAGAGAUUUUGAAAUUAUAUUUGGAUUCUAGGGAGGGGCGUGGAAGAACAGUGAUGAUGCCAUGGGGGAGCCAAACACGGCAGUGUAAUUUCUUUGUUUAACCAUCUCCAGUCCAUUCUCUGUCGGCUUGUUCUCUUCUACCACACUCAUAAUCACCUUACUAAUCCCAGUAAACAUAACCACAAAACACAUUAUUAAUUAUUAAUAAUUUUAAAUGUUUCCAAAUAAAUUGCCUGCCGGCGUUAUUAAUACACCAUAAUCAUAAUGGGAAGUAGCGGGUAUUGGCUUUUCACUAUAAAGCAGCUGCCCGCUCAUUGGCGUCAGAUUUUCCGGCAAGUUUUCAGAUUUCCCCACCAUUCCACCACCCUGAUCUCGAUUUCUAAGCUGCCCUUUACCUGGCAGCUGUAGCUUCUCUACUUUUUGGAAAAUUUAUCCGCCCUCCUGUUCUUUUCUUGAUUGCCCGGCCAGUCUCAGCCGCCUUCCACCGCCGCAAGCGGCUGAGCACAUGAUCUUGUAGUGUAGUAGAGGAAAAGAGGAGCCUUGAAUGAACAGGGAGCUAAUAAAGGUGACAGAAAAGAUUCAACUUUGGCACCACUUUAGGUUACCCAAAGGAAAUCUAUGGGAUUUACAGCUUUUAUCCAACAUUCUCAAGAAGUUUGUAGGUAGCAGAAAGACUUGUUUGUUGAGACCCCUUUGACUUGGGCUCAUUUGGGAAUUAGAGGCCUUUCCUGAGAAGUAAAGGCACAACACAGUACCAAAAUGAAGAUUCCAUCGAAUGGGUAUAUUGCAAAUCCAGGAGAAGGAGAGAGAAAGUUGAUAAAUUCAGAGUUGUGGCAUGCCUGUGCCGGUCCCUUAGUUUCGCUGCCAGCUGUGGGAAGCCUUGUGGUGUACUUUCCGCAAGGCCACAGUGAACAAGUAGCAGCAUCAAUGCAAAAAGAGACUGAUGGAAUUCCAAACUAUCCAAACCUGCCCUCCAAAUUGAUCUGCAUGCUUCACAAUGUCACCUUACAUGCUGAUACUGAAUCUGAUGAGGUGUAUGCUCAGAUGACUCUUCAACCUGUAAACAAAUAUGAUCAGGAAGCUUUGCUUAUAUCAGAUAUGGGCUUAAAGCAAAACAGGCAACCUUCUGAGUUCUUCUGCAAGACACUGACAGCCAGUGAUACUAGCACUCAUGGUGGUUUUUCAGUUCCCCGCCGGGCUGCUGAGAAGAUAUUCCCACCUCUGGAUUACUCAAUGCAACCUCCUGCCCAGGAGAUAGUAUCAAGAGACUUGCAUGAUCAAACAUGGACCUUUCGACAUAUAUAUCGAGGGCAACCGAAAAGGCACCUAUUGACUACAGGUUGGAGUGUUUUUGUGUCAUCUAAAAGACUAUGUGCUGGUGAUGCUGUCCUUUUCAUAAGGGAUGAAAAGUCCCAGCUUCUCUUGGGUAUACGUCGUGCUAACCGGCAACAACCCGCCCUUUCAUCAUCAGUCAUAUCCAGUGAUAGCAUGCACAUUGGCAUACUUGCUGCUGCUGCACAUGCUGCAGCUAACAAUAGCCCUUUUACCAUCUUCUACAAUCCCAGGGCUAGUCCUUGUGAAUUUGUCAUCCCACUUGCCAAGUACAAUAAAGCCAUGUACACUCAAGUAUCGCUAGGCAUGCGGUUUAGGAUGAUGUUUGAAACUGAAGAGUCUGGGGUCAGAAGGUACAUGGGGACCAUAACUGGUAUCAGCGAUCUCGACCCUGCUCGUUGGAAAAACUCUCAGUGGCGUAAUCUUCAGAUCGGAUGGGAUGAAUCAACAGCUGGGGAACGCCCAUCUAGAGUUUCAAUAUGGGAUAUUGAACCAGUUGUUACUCCUUUCUACAUAUGCCCUCCUCCAUUUUUCAGACCCAAAUUUCCAAGACAGCCGGGUUUUCUUGGUGACGAGCCCGAUAUGGAGAACGUUUUUAGAAGAGGAGGCGGGAUGCCAUGGAUAGGGGAUGAGUAUGGUAUAAAAGAUGCUUCAAGCUCAAUGUUUCCUGGGUUGAGCUUAGUCCAAUGGAUGAGCAUGCAGCAGAACAAUAACCAACCCGUCGGAUUAAACCAAAACGGCUCUGUACAAGGGAAUCUGUCAGAAACUGAAAACCAGUCCAGACUGAUGAACUUCCAAUCACCAGGUUUUCCUCCACAGAAUCUUCAGUUCAACAAACCAAACCAAAUAAACCCGCAAGUUGCCGCUCCACUACAACAGCAGCAGCCAUCUCCGUCGUGGCAUUCUUUAACUGCCCAGCAACAACCUUCACAACUUCACCACCACCAGCAUCAGCAGCAACAGAACUUCAAUUUUAACGGUUUAAAUAAUGGGGUAGUCAACUCUAAUUUAUCGCAAAACCAGAAUUUACUGCAAAACCAGAAUUUACUACAAAACCAGAGUUUACCACAAAACCAGAAUUUACCACAAAACCAGAAUGUACACCCUCAGCAGCAGCAGCAACAACAACUAAUGACCGGAAACAUACAGUACCCGAUGAAUCCCCAAGCGACCAUCAAAACUGCCUUCCCAAACACAUCCUUACCUCAAGAGUUGAAGUUUCAGCAAUCUCAACAACAGCCACAACAAUUACAACAAGCUUCUCCACUGCAGCAGUUGCUUCAACAAAGCAUAAUGCAGCAGCAGCAGCAGAGGCCACAAACACAACAGCAGCAGCAGCAGCAACUCUUAUCUCCAGUUAGCUCCAACACGGACCCACUUCUGAUCCAACAACAACCUAACCGUCAGCUUUCACAACCUCCCCCGCUUCUACAAUCUCCAAAAUAUCCUCGGGGUCCACAAAAGCUGCCGAAUAUCAAAACCGCCCAUUCUGGGCUGACUGACGGGGAUAAUAAUUCCCUACGGUCAGCCUCACCCUCCACAAAUAACAGCCAGCUGUUUCCGUCUAACUUCCUGAACAGAAGCCACCAACCACCUUCAGUGGUGUUGCUAGACGAUGAUCCCGUAGUUGAACCUGCCAAAAAACAUGAGAUUCAAUCAAAACGCAUGAUACCCACCAUAGUCUCAAAAGGAACUGAUAAUAACUUGGAGGCGACCUCAUCAGCAACGUCGUAUUGCUUGGACGCCAGUGGGUUACAACAGAACUUCUCUUUGCCCGGAUUCUGUUUGGAUGGGGAUAUCCAGUCGAAUUCUAGGAACAGCAUGCCUUCUUCCGUGGCUAAUAUUGACAGUCUUCCGCCGGAUGCUUUGUUGUCGAGGGGUUACGACUCUGGGAAGGACAUGCAGAACUUGUUCGUGACAUACGGGAAUUCUCCUGCUAGGGAUAUUGAGACAGAGCUGUCAAGUGCCGGGAUUAAUUCUCAGUCAUUCGGUUUGCCGGAUAUGUCUUUUAAAGCUGGGUGCUCUAAUGAUGUUGCUAUCAAUAACGAGGCUAGUGUUUUGAAUGGUGGGGGUCUGUGGACUAAUCAGACUCCACGCAUGAGAACAUACACCAAGGUUCAAAAGCGGGGAUCGGUAGGAAGAACAAUCGAUGUCACACGUUACAAGGGGUAUGAUGAGCUAAGGCAGGAUUUGGCACGCAUGUUCGGGAUCGAAGGACAAUUGGAAGACCCUCAAAGAACAGAUUGGAAGCUUGUCUAUGUAGACCACGAAAAUGAUAUAUUGCUUGUUGGUGAUGAUCCUUGGGAGGAAUUUGUGAGUUGUGUACAAAGCAUAAAAAUACUGUCAACUGGAGAAGUGCAGCAGAUGAGUUUGGAUGGAGAUCUUGGGCCAGCCCCGAACCAAGCUUGCAGUGGGACUGACAGUGGUGGCGCAUGGAGAUGAUAAAACUAUACACACAAGUUACUGCUUACACAUUCUUUAAAAACAAUAUGAAAGUAUUCAAAGAUUGAGAAGCUAACUGGACUGGCCAUGCACUGUAUUGCAGCCAGUGUUAAAAAGCCCCUUUCAAGUUAGUAAUGGAGCCAGCCACUGUAUCAUAUUGCUCAAUUGAGCCAUAGACUCAAACGGAGGUCCGGGAGCACUUUCAUGUGAUGAUUCUUCAUUCUUGCAAGGAAAUGUAAAGCUGCUUUCGGUGUAGAAAGAGAGGGAGUUGUAUUAUCCUCCGGUUUUUGGGUUUCAUGCACUUCCUAAGGUGUUUUUUGCCCUGAAUCCCGGGAAGGACCAUUUACUAAAGCCAGGGUAGGCCGUACAAUGAACCUAUGUAUGUUAUGAACAGUAACAUUGCUUAGUAUAAUUAAGUCAUACGUCCCUAAACAUUCUCAUGUGAGUUGGCAAAUUUUUUCAAAAGUAUAUAUUGCUUAUUUCUUCA